CCGCUCUUCGUCUCGUUCGUUCAUCUCAAGCCUUCCCAUCUUCCUUCACCCUCUCGAUUUCUGUCUCCGCUCGCUCUCCUUUCCCUCCCAUGAGCACACCCCGCCGAUCCCGCGGGAUGGCCGUCUCUCUGCCGAAGAUCUACGCCGCGAUCAUCCUCCUGCAGAUGAUCCCGGCCGUCCAUUCCGCUGAGGAGUGGUCUCUCCACCACUCCAAGCUUUCCGGCGUCAUCAUUCCGGGCUUUGCCUCCACGCAGCUCCGCGCCUGGUCCGUGCUUGACUGUCCCUACUCUCCUCUCGACUUCAACCCCCUCGACUCCGUUUGGCUUGAUACCCGGAAGGUUUUAUCUGCUGUGAAUUGCUGGCUCAAGUGCAUGUUGCUGGACCCUUACAAUCAGACAGAUCAUCCUGAAUGCAAAUCUCGCCCUGAUAGUGGCCUUUCUGCAAUCACAGAACUAGACCCUGGAUAUAUCACAGGUCCUCUUUCUUCUGUAUGGAAAGAAUGGGUGAGAUGGUGCAUUGAGUUUGGUAUCGCGCCAAAUGCAAUACUUGCUGCCCCUUAUGAUUGGAGACUUUCAGCAUCGUUGCUUGAGGAGCGAGAUCUUUAUUUUCACAAGCUAAAGUUAACUUUUGAGACUGCACUUAAACUUCGUGGGGGCCCCUCUUUGGUGUUUGCACAUUCAAUGGGAAAUAAUGUGUUUCGGUACUUCCUGGAGUGGUUGAAGCUAGAAAUUGCACCAAAACUGUACCUACAAUGGCUCGACGAUCAUAUACAUGCCUAUUUUGCUGUUGGGGCCCCUCUUCUUGGUGCUGCUGAGACUGUUAAAGCAACUCUUUCGGGAUUUACAUUUGGUCUGCCAAUUGCUGAGGGAACAGCACGUCUGAUGUUCAAUUCAUUUGGUUCUUCCCUGUGGUUGACACCAUUCUCAAAAUAUUGUCGGGCAGACAACACUUAUUGGAAGCAUUUCUUUGAUGGGAAAGGGAGAGGUGAACACAGAAGCCAUUGUGAUGAUAGGGAGUUUAGGUCAAAUUACUCAGGUUGGCCUACAAAUAUUAUAAACAUUGAAAUUCCUUCUAUGAAGGCUAUUGGUACAGCUUAUCCAUCAUUCUCUGAUGAAGCAUCAGCAGUGAACUCUGAUAUGGAAUGUGGACUUCCCAUUAGGCUAUCUUUUUCUGCUCGAGAAGUGUCAGAUGGGACCUUUUUCAAAGCAAUACAAGAUUUUGACCCUGACAGCCAGCGACUACUUUAUAUGCUACAGAAGUUGUACCAUGACGAUCCUGUGUUGAAUCCUCUUACACCAUGGGACAGACCUCCAUUGAAGAAUAUUUUUUGCAUAUACGGGGUAGACAUGAAGACAGAGGUUGGGUACCAUUUUGCACCAAGCGGCAAGCCAUAUCCUGAUAAUUGGAUUGUCACUGAUGUCAUUUAUGAGUUUGAAGGAUCAUUGUUUUCAAGAUCUGGAAAUCUGGUGGAGGGAGUUUCAGAAUAUGCCAGUGGUGAUGAGACGGUACCAUAUCACUCACUUUCUUGGUGCAAGUCCUGGCUUGGGCCUCGUGUCAACAUCACAAGGGCUCCACAGUCAGAGCAUGACGGAACAGAUGUGCAAAUGAAUAUAAAUGUCGAGCAUUAUCCGGACAAGGACAUAAUUCCUAACAUGACCAGACCGAAUCGCAUCAAGUAUAUUACAUACUAUGAAGAUGCUGAAAGCGUCCCAGGAAAGAGGACUGCAGUAUGGGAACUUGAUAAAGUGAACCAUCGGAAUAUUGUUCGCCUCCCUGUUUUAAUGAGGGAAUUGUGGCUUGAAAUGUGGCAUGAUACACAUCCAGAUGCUAAAUCAAAGUUUGUCACCAAAUCUAGACGUGGACCUUUGAGGGAUGCUGACUGUUACUGGGAUUAUGGAAAGGCUCGGUGUGCCUGGCCUGGACAUUGUGAAUAUCGGUAUGUUUUUGGCGAUGUACACCUGGGACAGAGUUGCAGAUUGAAGAACAACACCUCUUCCGAUCUCCUCUCACAUUACCUUUAGUUAUCAAGGAGCAGAAAGCUUUAAUUGUUGCUGUUUAUUACAGAAGUUACAAGCGUGUAUGCAACUAAUGGAUCCUGCAAAAAAAAAAAAAAAAAUCGAUGACAGGUCGCGAAAGAAGUAGGGCGAGUUGUUCUUGGAGAAAGGAGGCACUGUUCCACCAAGAAAUUCUCAUUUUGUAAAAGUUUCAGAAAGCAUUAUUCUGUCAGAAAAUUGACCACAUGCAAUAUUUAUAAAGAGGGAAAAUCUCGUUGAGGAAAUUAAAAGCCCGCCUUCUCUACAUUUCCGAUGUGUUAUGCAGCGUGAUUUGAUGCAGCCGAUCAGCGCACAAUUAAUUCUAUAACCAAGGGACUUGGUUCAGCCAUUUUGCAAUUUCCUCAUGGAUUUAUUGGUGCUGUACCUUUUUCCCUGGCCAGAAUAAGCUAUGAUAGAAUGUCUUUGUUGCAUUAAAAAUUUUCGUUAGAUUUUACUAAUGAAAAUUGUUUGUAAUAUUCGAAGCAUUAAGAAAACGCUCAAGGAUUUUAUAAAAUCUUUGUGUCGACUUGCUUUUGGA